GCUUAUCUGCUAAUAAGCAAAGGUUUGGAAUCACUAGAGAGAAUCUUUGAGUACCAUGAAAGACAAUUAUCACAGAUUAUUUGGUAAUUUCGACAUUCCUUUUCCAGCUUGUGCAACAUGUUGGCAUAUGUACUAGCAUAGGGGGAAUCUUCGUUCUAUGUUGGAGGCCUAGUCAUAAGCUAUAUAGUACCAGCAAGACAGUUCCGUGACUAAGUUAAAAAAAAGACAGUAAAGCUCAUUGAUUUCAGGUCUACAUGAUAUAUCAACAAAAUCAGUGCAUAGGGAGGUUUUGACGCUCUGAUCAACAGAGCCAACCAUCGCUGACAAUGCUGGGUCGAUGUUUCAAGCAAUCCAAGAUGUCAAAUGCGUUGUCUAUUGUGGAACUAUUAGUCCAUAUGGAUUGUGAAGGAUGUGAAAAAAGAAUAAGAAGAGCAAUCGCCAAACUAAACGGUGUGGAUACCUUGGAAAUUGACAUGGACAAGCAAAAGGUAACUGUCAAAGGAUACGUCGAUCAGAGGCGGGUGCUGAAGAUUGUGAGAAGAACAGGAAGAAAAGCUGAGUUCUGGCCAUACCCGUACCAUGAUGAGUAUUAUCCUUAUGCAUCUCAGUACUUUGAUGAAUCAAAUUUCACAUCCAGCUAUAAUUACUAUAUGCAUGGCCACAACGAAAGCAUUCACGGAUACUUACCCACUGGCCUUCCUAACUCCACAGUCAUUGAAGAUGAAGUUGCUGAUCUUUUUAGUGUUGAGAAUGUCCAUGCCUGCAGCAUAAUGUGACAGCACUGACCAAUGGAGUCUAUCUCUCAAAACCAUUUUGCUUCUUUUCUUAUAUAUCUUAAUUAGUAUAACAGAACAUCAUGAUAUUUGAAUUUAAAACAUUUACUCAAGUAGCAAUUUAAUACAUGAUGCAAAAAUAAACUAGUGUAGCCAUGAUUUAUAAAAUUCUCUGGUGCCAUCUA